AUGGCCUCUUACUUCAGAGCGCGCCCUCUCCUCACAACUAGCGCGGCCCUCUUCCUUGGGGGUGUAGUCAUCGCCUACCGUGACUAUCGCGCAUAUAUAGCCCUUGGCCCUCACGGCCUCCCCGAUACUUUCUCGGGUUGGUAUACACAGCUCCGCAUGUCUCUUAAGUCACGGAAGGACACCACAAUCCCAGCCCCAUACGAUCUGGAGACUGUCGCAGGCCCGCAUGAUAGGGAGAGCUUCCUGCCCAAGACGGCCGCGGGCGGGCUGAGCUGGCGCCCCGGAAACAAAGCGCCCCAGAUCCCUGGUUUUGUCGCGCCCCAGAGGCAGAUCAGCGAUAUCGCGAGUACCGAGAUGAAGAAGGCCAUGUUUGUGUACCUAGACGCGCUUGUUGCCGCGAAUGACAAGGCCUUGCAGACACAAACGAGUGUCUUGGAGGGCCCAGUCCCAGCAAUGGGGUUAAGUGCGGAAGUGAAAGAGCGUGACCGGCCGGAAGUCCUACGGAGCACCAGAGGUGAAAUGUGUCACAUCCACCCGCCGGAUGGGAGUACGCACUUGGUCAUGAGCCUAAAAGACCAGAAGAGGAUAAUUGAGCUGGGCUGGGGCAGACGCCACAGGCUGAGCGGUGGCGGAAGGCUCCCAUGGAAUUAUACAUUUAUAUAUGCGCCGCGCAAUGAUGAAGAGCUGGCAGUAUGGAAAACCAUUGUCCAAGCUGGUGCAACCUUUUGUUGUGCCAGCUUUGCUCGGAUCCAGGCUGCUGGAGUGGAUGGCCACGGCGACAGCGACAGCGAUCACGGCCCAGAGUGCGCUUCCGAACCGCGCCCGGCCCUGCCCCGAGACGGAACUAUUGCGCCCACCCAGUACGGCGAGGCCGCCAUAGGGUGGAUUGGUGGACGAUAUCUCGAGCAGAAGAAGCAAUCAAUCCGCAAGAUCAGGAGCCUGUCCGACGCCAUGGCUGCCCCCGCCCCGCCCGAGGACCAGGUCCGCCUGCUCAGCGAUGCCCUCGAGGCAGUGCGCCAUCAGACCGGCCUGAUGCGCAAGUGCUUGGACAUGCCUGGCAAGCUCAUGGACGCCCUCAAGUGCUGGUACGUCGCGUCACAAGCCCUCUCCCCUUCCGCAUACUCUCCCGCCGCCGGGUCGCUAUCUUCCACCCUCGUCUCCGAGCUGCGAACAUCCAGUCUCGGCCCCAAGCAGUACUACGAGCUCUACAUGGCCGUCUUCGAUGCCCUCCGUUACCUCUCCGUCCAUCUCCGGGAAAACCACCCCGUGAACCACCUCGCCGAUCUUUACGAGCUCGUCCAAUACGCCGGCAACAUCGUGCCUCGGCUCUACCUCAUGAUCACCGUUGGCACUGCCUACAUGUCCAUCGAAGGGGCACCGGUCAAGGAGCUGAUGAAGGACAUGAUGGACAUGAGCAGAGGCGUCCAACAUCCCAUAAGAGGUCUAUUCCUGAGGUACUACUUAUCUGGCCAGGCUAGGGACUACCUGCCAUCAGGGGAAGGAGAUGGCCCUGAAGGCAACCUACAAGACUCGAUCAACUUCAUCCUUACAAACUUUGUUGAGAUGAACAAGUUGUGGGUGCGCUUGCAGCAUCAAGGCCACUCCAGGGAGCGUGACUUGCGGACGCAGGAGCGCAAAGAGCUCCAGCUGCUCGUCGGCAGCAACAUCGUGCGCCUGAGCCAACUGGUGGAUCUAGAAGCCUACAAGAACGGGAUCCUCGGUCCUCUCCUGGAGCAGGUCGUACAAUGCCGUGACGUGCUCGCUCAGGAGUACCUGCUCGAAGUGAUUACGCAGGUCUUCCCAGACGAGUACCACCUCCACACUCUCGACCAGUUCCUCGCAGCCGUCUCACGCCUGAACCCACACGUCAAUGUCAAGGCCAUCGUCAUUGGUCUGAUGGACAGGCUGUCGGACUAUGCAGAACGAGAGGCACAGGACGAGACCACGGACGACAGGGCGAAAAUCGAGCAGGAAGCCUUGGUGCAACUCUUGGAAAAGGCUCAGCUUGGAUACGAGGAACCACAGCCUGUGCAGCAGCCCCCUGACAAGCCCGAGCAACCAGCAGCAGGCGAGAACGGCGACAGUCACGGGGACGAGGCUGCUUCAGCGACCGAGACUGUCGCUGGAGAAUCAGAGCCUGCGGCCUCAGUAGCAGAGACCGACGCCACAGCUGUGAACGGAGAGGAGCCAGGAUCACCGGUGAAGCAUCGCGGCAUCCCAGAAAAUGUUGCACUCUACGACAUCUUCUUCGGGCAGGUACAACACCUCGUUGAGGCCCAACGCCUGCCUAUACAGGAUACCAUCGCGCUGCUGGUCUCGCUCACAAAUCUUGCCCUCAACAUCUACCCCGAACGACUAGACUACGUUGAUCAGGUCCUGGACUACGCCAACGCAAAAGUACACGAGCACGCCAAUAGCGCCGACCUCCACUCUCCUGUCGCCCAACAAAGCCUGCUCGCUCUACUCCAGGCACCGCUGAAACGAUAUGUCUCCAUCUUCACCGCCUUAUCUCUGCCUUUCUACGUGCCGCUCUUUCAAUCCCAGACAUAUCCUACCAGGCGUGCGGUUGCUGGUGAAGUCGCGCGCACCCUCCUCAAGAAUCAUACCCCCAAUAUCCACGACCGCGCACCUGGAGAAUCGCGCGCCCGCGCCAUGGAGACGGACGAGACUAUGGAGGAGCAAGGCUGGCUGGCUCGGCUGGUACAUCUGCUCCAGGGCGAGGACAAUGACACCCAGUUCAAGUUGCUGCAAAUGACGCGCAAGGCAUACGCAGAAGGCAACGAGCGCAUCCGCACCACAACACCGCCUCUCAUCACCGCAGGCAUGAAGCUGGCCCGGCGCUACAAGAAACGCGAACACUACGAAGACAACUGGUCCACCCAGUCGUCGGCGCUGUACAAGUUCAUGCAUUCCGCCCUCUCCCAACUUUAUACCCGUGUCAACGGUGCUGGUGCCUCGGAGCUUGCCCUGCGCCUGUUUUGCGCUUGCGGGCAGACGGCCGACCAGACAGGUCAUGAGGAGGUGGCGUAUGAGUUCUUCGCGCAGGCUUUCACUGUCUAUGAGGAGGCAGUUAGUGACUCCAAAGCACAGUUCCAGGCCGUGUGCGUGAUCUCUAGUGCCUUGCACACCACGCGCAACUUCGGAAAGGAGAAUUACGAUACACUCAUCACCAAGUGUGCUCAACACGCCAGCAAAUUGUUGAGAAAGCCGGAUCAGUGUCGUGCGGUGUAUCUGGCAAGCCACCUUUGGUGGGCCACGCCGAUCCCUGGAAAUGGCGAGGAGGAUGGAAAGGAUCUCUACCGUGACGGCAAGCGGGUUUUAGAGUGCCUGCAACGUGCACUCCGUGUCGCCGACUCGUGCAUGGAGACGGCCACUUCCAUCGAGCUCUUUGUUGAGAUCCUCGACAGAUAUGUCUACUACUUUGACCAACAUAAUGAGUCGGUUACCACCAAAUAUCUGAACGGGCUGAUCGAGCUCAUCCACUCGAACCUCGCAGGUAAUCAACAAGAUUCCGCGUCGAUCGAGAACAGCAAGAAGCAUUUCUUCCACACGCUCGAAAUUAUCAAGAGCAAGGAGUACGAGGGGGUGGUUCUGACUCCAAAAUAA